AGGAAAAAAGUGUAAUUUAUAGUAAUUAUCCAUAAAUGAAACAAAUUGCUUGCAAUUGAAGGCACUUACAGCCCCUUUGUUUCUUCAACGUCAAUCAAUCGAAGGCGGAGCCCCAUCUCUUCCUUCUCUUCUUCCCCCUCAAAACAAACCCUAGCCCUUCAUUUCCUAUCCCGCUGGCGCUCAUGGGUCGUGUAACGUCUACUGAGUUAACCCUCUCAACCCCAUCGCCGCCAGGAGAGCAUGAAUUUGAGGCUUUAGCUGGGAAAGGACCGGCGGCGGUGGAACCAUCUGGGACGGCGGCUAGAACGCCCAAAACGACGAGUUCGACGGCUUUGGCACCUGGGUUUCGAUUCCAUCCGACCGAUGAAGAGCUUGUGAGCUACUAUUUGAAGCGGAAAGUCACCAAGAAACCCGUUCGCUUCAACGCCAUUGCGGAAGUUGAUAUCUACAAGAACGAGCCAUGGGACCUUGCAGGAAAGUCAAGGUUUAAGACAAGGGACCAAGAAUGGUACUUCUUCAGUGCAUUGGACAAGAAGUAUGGUAAUGGGGCAAGAAUGAAUAGGGCCACUGGAAAAGGAUAUUGGAAGGCAACUGGCAAGGACCGCGAGGUUCGCCAUGAUUCUCAGGUCAUUGCAAUGAAGAAGACUCUUGUGUUCCAUGCUGGCCGAGCCCCGGAUGGAAAACGUACCAAUUGGGUCAUGCAUGAGUAUCGGCUUAUCGAUGAGGAAUUGGAAAAGAUUGGAGCAUCUCAGAUGGAAGGAUAUGUAUUGUGUCGAGUGUUUCACAAGAGUAAUAUAGGGCCACCCAAUGGGAAUAGAUAUGCACCUUUUGUGGAAGAGGAAUGGGAUGAUGGCCAACAAGCUUUGGUCCCAGGGUUAGAUGCUGCAGUCGAUGGGGUGGCUGGUGAUGAUGCUUAUGUUGACAGAAAUGAAUUUCCGCAGGAUAGUAAUGCCAUGGAUAAGGACUCUCUUGGUCACAAUGAACUUCAGAGAGCCUCCCAAGAUAUUUUACCCCAGUGCAAGCGUGAAAGAUUGGAGGAUUAUCCCCCAGUUUGUAUGCUUAACACAGAAGCCCCGAUCCCCCUCCUCCAGUAUAAGAGGAGAAGGCAUAAUGAUUCAGAUCCGAACCACUCAAAUGGUUCAGAUAGUUCAACAAGGACAACUCAAGAUGGUUCCUCCUCUACAAGCUCGAUGAUGACGACAAGUUCUCCAAAUGCUGCAACAACAACAGCGAUAUCUGCAUUGCUGGAAUUCUCACUUAUGGGGUCUAUGGAACGCAAAGAAGGUCCUCGUUUUCACGCUCCCUCCUUUGAUAUCAAUCUUGACACAUCGGUUCCUCCAAGCUGUGUGAAGUUAAUCAACGAUUUGCAUAAUGAGAUUCACAAGAUAUCUGUUGAGAGGGAGUCUUUGAAGCUUGAAAUGUUGAGCGCUCAAGCGAUGAUUAACAUUCUUCAAACCCGAAUUGAUUUUCUAAGCAAGGAAAACGAGGAUCUGAAGCGGAGGAAGACUCAGGACAAUUAGAAUGAUGCCCCAUUUUAAUAACGACUCCUGUUUCUCUUUAUUUCCUAGUGUUGAGACUAAUCACCUACCGAUGGGACUUUGUCUGUAAAAUAAGGGUGGUGAAAUUUUCUGUUGUAGAAGCACAGGAUUGUCGGAUUUUGUUUAUCUGUGAUGGAUGUUUAAGCUGAGACUCAAACCUUUAUGCAUUCCCUACAAGUGUAGGGAUGUAUUUGGUUGUUUAUGAAUCAUUCCAGCAGCUUGGAACAGGUAAAAAAUUCCGGAGGCGACGAGCGCUCCGUUGGCUGGA